UUUCUCCUGCCCAUCCCAGUUAAUAAUGACAUGAUGGUCACUGACAACGACGGUGCAGUCAAGUUUCCACAAUUUUGUAAAUUUUGCAACGUGAGCUCUUCCAUCUGUGACAACCAGAAAUCCUGCAUGAGCAACUGCAGCAUCACGUCCAGAUGUGAGAAGCCACGCGAAGUCUGUGUGGCUGUCUGGAGAAAGAAUGAUAAGAACAUAACACUAGAGACGGUUUGCCAUGACCCCAAGCUCACCUACCAUGGAUUUGUUCUUGAAGAUGCUGCUUCUCCAAAGUGUAUUAUGAAGGAAAAAAAAGUGUCUGGCGAGACUUUCUUUAUGUGUUCCUGUAGCUCUGAUGAGUGCAACGACCACAUCAUCUUCUCAGAAGGUGAGUUUUCUUCUCUCGAGGGUCUGGAGCCCGACUUCCUCUGUGUUGAUUUCCUGUGCCCCUGGUCUGCUGUCUCCCAGUCCAUCCUCCUGUGGCUGAGGCUGAGA